GGCCCAAGCCCAGCUGUUCGACGGCGUACGCCGUCGUGGUGGUGGGGGGCCAGACAUCCGACGAUGUGCUUUUCAAUUCGCAGAACCAGAUCGUCAGAGGUCUGGGGAGUCGCGCUGCGGCCCGAUGGUCGAGGUGUAUAUCCCGGAGAAGGGCAUCGCUGGGCGGCUCGACCUGGCGAGGCGGCAGGCGGACGAGGACGACCUGCCGGACGACCUCCUGCUUCUCCGGGAGCUUGAGGAUCACGAGUCUCGCGCCAUCAGCCACCUGGAGCGCUCCAACAGGGAGCUGGCCGAAGCAUUGGAGGCCGACGACGACCCGGACUUCCGCGAGGCCAUCGCCGAAAACGUCCAGGUGCUGAGGCAGAAGCGAGAGCGUGUGGCCAAGGUCCUGGCCAAAAUCCGAGAGAUCGCUCCCAACUCGACGGCCGCGGAGUCGCCCUCGUAUGCUGGCGCCGCCGUGGCCCCCGCGAUCGGCGCGGCGCCCCUCGCAGGCGGCGUGGCGCCGGAAGGCGGAGGCGCCGCGGCGCCGCAGCCAGGGGCGCACCAGGAGCCUGGCCCGAGAUUCGCGCCGGGCGUCCGUGGGGAGCCCGGCGGCGAGGCGGCGGCGCAGCCGCAGGGGCUGGACCUCUGAGGCGGGCCUGCGGGUGGGGCCCGCCCGCACCAUUUUGGUAUGUUUUUUUUUGCCCUUCCAAUCCCUCCCUCCUCCCUCCAUCUCCCCCC